AUGGUCAGUGCAGUGCGACGGCCACCGCAGGGGGAGGCAGGAAUCCGUGGCGCAGACAGCAGAUUAGGAGCACCAGCUCUUUCCACCGCGCGCGCAACCAUGUCUUCUAGUAGUAGCCCUUCGUCUAGGAGUUCCUCCUCCGCGAGCGAGAAUGCCGUCGGCGAGGGUCUUUCCGCUCGUGUUUCUCAGGAAAUGGAAGGGAUUGAGAAGAAGUCUAAGCAUCCCGAGCACCCGAUCUACAAGCACUACUAUUUUUUUACGGACCCGAAGAAGAAGGGCGAGCAAGUCGAGUGUCUAUUUUGCCACAAGAAGUUUUCGUUUAGUAGUAGCCACACUCCCGAGCAUCUCGCCGAGUGGUACGACCCGCACCGGCGCCGCGAGGCGGGAGUCGUUUGCAAGGAUGUGCCGAAGGAGAUUUCCUCGGAGAUUCGCGAGAUCUUCGAGGCGAAGAUUCGGGCGCGCAACCAAAAGGCGCGGGCGACGAGUUCGGCGGUCGCGGCGGUGAGCGGCAAGAGCGAGGCGAAAGGGAAGGCGAAGCGCGGUCGCAUGGAUGACUUUUACGGCGAGGGUGGACUCGCGGCAAGGCGGGCGGCCAACGAGGCGAUUGUCCUCUACCUCGCGGGGACGCGCACGCCGGAGUCUCAGUGCGAGCACCCGCUCUUCCUCAACAUGCUGCGAGCCGUCACCGCUGCCGGCCCAAACUACGUCCCCCCCACGCGGCACUACGUCGGAGGCGCCGGCCUGCUUGAGUGCAAGCAGCGGAUUGAGAAGGCGUUGUCGGUGGUUACGAAGUCGUGGACGGAGACGGGCGUGACGAUCGCCAGCGACAUGAUGCAAGACAAGAGCGGUCGCGCGCAGAUGAACAUCAUCUGCAUCAACGACACUGGAGCGGUCUUCGUUGAGGCGGUCGAUUGCAAGUCGGUGACGAAGAGUGGCAAGUUCAUCGCCAGCGUACUGCGGCCGAUCAUCGAGCGCAUCGGGGCGGAGCAUGUCGUGGCGCUGUGCACGGACGGCGACAGCAACUACAAAGCUGCUGGCAAGCUGCUGCGGAAGGAGUGGCCGCAUCUCGAGCUCGUUCCCUGCGCGACGCACGUGCUGGACCUGCUGAUGGCGGACGUCGGCAAGAUGGACUGGGCGCAGGUGGUCGUGACCCAGGCUGACAACAUGAUCCUCUUCGUGCGCGGGCACCAGUGGACUUGCGCCUUCAUGCGCGACCCGGAGCUGCACGGCGAGAAGAAAUCGCUGCAGGUGUUGCGCCCAACAGGCACGCGCUUUGGAACACAGUUCAUUGCAGUGUCUCGUCUGCGCGACGUUCGCCAGCAGCUCACGGCGAUGGUGACGCACAAGGAUUGGCCGGAGAGGGGAGGGAGCACGCUUACAGGAGCGGAUUUUGAGGGUUGGGUGAUGGACCAGGCGUGGUGGAAGAAGGUGGACGUCUUUCUGCAGGUGAUGGAGCUGUUCUACAACGUGAUGCGGAGGACGGAUUCAGCGGCGAAGGGGAUGAUGGGCCAGCUAUACGACAUCAUGCUGCAGCUGACGGAGGAGAUGGAUAAGCUGCUGGAGGGGAAGGAGUGCAAGCUGAGCAGGACGGAUAAGGAGAAGGUGCGGGAGCAUUUGAGGAGGCGUUGGGACGAAAGCCUGGCUUACCCCCUCCACGUGGCAGGCCGGAUCUUGUACCCGGCGAACCAGGAGGAGAGGAUAUUUCUACAGGAUGCAGAGUGCACCAAGGUCAUGCAGGAGUGGCUGGAGCGACAGAAGGCGUUCGUCGACAGGUACUGGAAGAAGAGCCGCGGCAAGAAGGGACCGGUGAGGCCGCUGCAUGAGGGGGUGACGGCCUACCUCAACGGCGAAGGAGGAUUCGGCACACAGACCGCGAUCGAUGGGCGUGGGGAGAUUCAGCUGGGGAAGGGGAACGUGAUGUUGUGGUGGCAGUACAAUGGAUGGGAGUACGCCGACCUGGCGCGCAUUGCGCGGCGCACGCUGUCCCAGGCCAUUUCCGCUUCCCCGUGCGAGCGGGGCUGGUCUACAUGGGAUGGCAUGCACACGGCGCGCAGGAACCGGCUCGGGUCGGCGAAAGUGCGCGACCUUGUGUACGUUGCGCACAACUGGAAUGUUGUGCACAACUUCCACAAGGAUGCAGAAGCGGGGCCUAGUGUGGUGGGGAGGAAGGGUGCAGUGGUGGAGGGGAACAUUCCCCCCCCUCCCAUCCCCGAGGGGUACAAGUUGGAGGAGGAUGGGGAGGUGGAGGCGGACGAGGACGACGUGUGCCUCGAUGAGUGGGCGGAGCAGGAGGAGCUGGAGAAGGAAGGGGAGGAGGAGGAGGAGGAGGAGGAGGAGGAGGAGGAGGAGGAGGAGGAGGAGGAGGAGAAGGAGGAGGAGGAGGAGGAGGAGGAGGAGGAUGAGGAGGAGGAGAGCUAG